AUGAAAUGCCUUAAAUAGAAUCACUAAAAUUCUUUAAUUGUUUGCAUUUGUCUUAACGAAAAUUGUCAUAAUGAUUCCUUAAGUUGUCAAUAUUGUUUAUAAUUUUUGCAUUCUAAUCACAAAAACUGUUGCAAAAGAUUUAGAAGUCUCACUUAAACAAUUUAUUAAAAAUAAAAAGAAUUACACCAACUAUCCUUAACUGGAUUGAAUAAGUAAGAAUUAUUUUUUAUAAGGCAAUAAAACUAAAAGAAGCUUGUUGAAUUGUAUCAGAUCAUAAUUAAUAAAAAUUACGAAUAAUUAAACUAACAUAUGAAACAUUUAAGAAAUCUAUUUACUUAAAAUUAGUAAUAGAAACAGAAUGAUUAGUAUAUUCAUUCAAUUAAUGAAAAGUAAAAUCUAGAAGAAAUUUGUAACACACCUAAAAGUAAGCAAUUUAAUAAUUUUAUAGAACAAAUUAAGAUAUAAAAAAUUAAUAGUACUAUGAAAGAAACUGAUUAAUGUUUAUUACUAAAAGAAGGUAAUCUUAUUUAAUAAUUUAGCUCGUAAGUUAUAUUCAUAAUAGGAUUUCAAAAAAGCACUUAGAUAUUUUAAUAAGGCACUUAAAUUCAAUGAAAAAACUGCCUCUUUAUUUUUCAUGAUAGGUAAGAAAAACUAUAAAUCUCAUAUAGGUAAAACAUUAAUUAAAUUAAAUCGUUUCAAAAAGGCAAUAACAUGGAUAAAUAAGGCAAUUAAACUUAGCAGUAAUAAUUCAGCAAAAUCAUAAUAUUUAUUGAGUUUAGCUUCUGCCUUAUUUCAGCUUAAAGAAAAUAAAAAAAGUUUAAAAAUUAUAAAUAUAGCAAUUUAAUUAAAACCUUAAUCUGCUGGCUUAUAUUUUAGUAAAAGUAUUAAAAUCUUUAAUAAGGCUUUAUCUUAAAAUAAUUAAAUUAAAAAGAAGAGGCAAUUGAAUGUCUAAAAUAAUCCACUUAAUAGAAUCCACAAUAUCACAAUGCUUGGUGCCUACAAGGUAUAUUAUAAUGUAAAAAUAGGUCAUAUUUUACUUCAAUAAAAUAAAUAUGAAUAGGCUCUUGAAUGUUUUAAUAAGGUUAUCGAUAUCAAACCCAGUUUAUGUUAUGCCUACUUUUUGAAAAGUUUAAUAAAUAGUUAUAAAUAGGUUUUGCUUUAUGUAAAUAAAUGAAAUACUAUGAAAGUCUUAAUUUUAUUGAUAUAUGUAUUUAAAUGAAACCUAAUGUAAAAAGGUAUUAACAUAUAAAAAGUAUAAAUAAUAUUUAAUAAAUUAGC